AAGCAACAUCGUGGUGGGCACUGGGCAGCUGAAAAAUUGAAAGUUUGCCGACGCGUCUUCGCCAAUGUGAAAAUAUAAUAUAUUAUUUUCCGUGUUACAAUCAUUACAAAGCUAGUUGUUUUAGCUUUAAAGUACCAUUUUAGUGAUUUGGCAUUAAAAAAAUUAUUUUGAUUAUAUUUGUUAGUUGAUUAGUAGAGAAUUAUAAGUUAUGCAGUCGAACUUUUUUUCUUUGCUUACCUGAUUGGGGUUAUGUCAUGCAAUUUCAGUAACCGGAUUUAAGAUGGCAGAUUCUGACGAUGAGUACGACCGUAAACGACGUGACAAAUUUCGUGGUGAACGAAGUGCCGGAGAUAGUUAUGCCCGAGGAGGAGAUCGAUCGGAUCGUUCUCGCGGACGAGAUGAUUGGGCUGAUCGUGGCAGACCACGUCAAGACUAUCGAGACUAUCGGCCACCUCCCCGGGAUCGUGGAUAUUCACCGGACAGAGAGGGUCCUCCAAUGAAGCGUCUCCGUGGAGAUGGAUGGGGCGAUGGAGGAAGACGCUUCGGUCAUGAUGGUUAUGGAAUGUAUGGCUAUGGACACGAUCAUUUUAGCAUGCAUCCCGGUGCUGGAUAUGGGCAUCAGGGUCCCAUGCAUCAAAGAGAACCUCAAUCUUCCGGAGAUAUGCAGACUCAACCAUGCAUGAUGACACUGAAACAAUUUUUAGCUACCCAGGACGAUGCUAUCUCUGAUUCUGAAGCGAUUCAAAAAUACAAUGACUAUAAGCUGGAGUUUAAACGGCAACAAUUGAACGAGUUCUUUGUGGCCCACAAAGACGAGGAAUGGUUUAAAAUCAAGUACCAUCCUGAGGAAUCGUUGAAACGCAAGGAGGAACAGCUUGGUUUCCUAAAGAAACGAUCCGAUGUAUUCGUCGAAUUGCUAGAAUCUAAGGACAUUGCCAAGGUGUCAGUUGAUACGUCAAAUUCGGACGCGUUGCUUCGCUUGUUGGAUACGGUAGUCAUCAAAUUGGAAGGCGGAACCGACGAGGAUCUUAAGGCUCUGGAUGAACAACCUGUUGAGGUUGUGAAAAUUAUUCCCGAGAAACCAAAAUUUGAAAUCAAACGAGAACCUUUGGACAGCAUAAUAAAAAAGGAAAAAAUGUACAUUAAGGAGGAAAAAUUUGACAAUACGGCAAUGAAAAUGGAGAAAAUUGUCGAUCCUGCUAAGGAUGUCAUUGGUGGCGGUGAAUGGGAUGAUGAAGAACCAGUUGUCAAACCCAUUGAACAGAGAAAUAAAACACCCGAAAAGGAACCAGAAACACCAGAAAAAGAAUUAGAGGCAGAACCUGAACCCGAAGAAGAGUCUACUCCGCGAAAAAAAGACAGACGAAAGAGAAGUCGUUCGGAUUCAGCGUCCAGUUCGUCUUCAUCUUCGUCCUCCAGUUCGAGCGAUUCCGAAGAAGAAAAGGAAAAAGAAAAGAAGGAUGACGACGAUGACGAUGAUGAUGAGAAGAGAAAAGAACAGGAAACGACGGAAGCCAAUACACCUCCGUUGCCUGCAGAACAAGAAGAGCAUCCGGCGAGUAAUGGCCAUAAAAGUGGUGAAGAGGAAGAGACACCAGUCAAUGUAGAAUCAACAGAACCAGAGAAAAUGGAUACUGAGAAAGAUGCUUCAGAUAAUGUCAAUGCUAAUGAUAUUGUCGCUGCUGAAGAAAAAGAUGCUGAAGUAGCCGAAAAGGAAACGGAAUCGAGGACAGAAGUAGAACAAGUUGCUGACGAAGAAGCUACCAACAAAGAAAAUGAAGAUUCGGAACGUGUUGCAACCGUCGAUUUGGUUAAAGAUACUAACACAGGACCGGCUCCCAGAGCUCUUCACAGAACCAGCUCAAUUUUUCUACGAAAUCUAGCACCUUCUAUCACGAAAGUAGAAGUAGAAGCAAUGUGCAAGCGAUAUAAUGGUUUCUUACGUGUCGCAAUCGCUGAUCCAUUACUGGAAAGAAGAUGGUUCCGCCGUGGAUGGGUAACUUUCCGUCGGGAUGUCAACAUCAAGGAGAUCUGUUGGAAUCUCAACAAUAUCCGGUUAAGAGAUUGCGAAUUGGGAGCGAUUGUCAAUAAAGAUUUAAGUAGAAGAGUGCGCCCGAUUAACGGACUCACAUGUCACAAGACGAUUGUUCGCAGUGACAUUAAACUGUGCGCUAAAAUAACUCACAAUCUGGACGAUAAGGCCGGGCUGUGGAAAGAUUCGAAUUCGGAUAAUGGCGAAAAUAAUGGUGAAUUCUUUGGACUUCAGUCGAAUAACCCGGUCUUGCAAAACAUCACCGAUUAUUUGAUUGAGGAAGCUUCCGCCGAAGAAGAUGAACUACUUGGCCUUUCCACAGAAACGAAAAAAGCUACGGACGGUGAGUUAGUUGAGCGCGAUCCACAGCUCAUCGAAGUACUGGAUAAGCUAAUUCUGUAUCUACGGGUAGUUCAUUCGGUUGACUUCUAUAAUCACUGCGAGUACCCUUACGAAGACGAAAUGCCAAACCGGUGUGGUAUAAUUCACGCGCGAGGACCGGUGCCACAGAAUAAGGUCACCACGAAUGAAAUCCAAGAGUAUGUCCGCACAUUCGAAAGUAAAAUGGGUUCCUUUUUGGCAAGAAUCUCCGAGCUCGAACAGGAGGAAAUGAAAAAACUUGGCUCAAAAGAUUCAGAAGCCGAAGUGGAAAAGUUUAUACAAGCUAACACUCAGGAACUUGCCAAGGACAAAUGGCUAUGCCCACUGUCGGGAAAAAAAUUCAAGGGGCCGGAUUUCGUACGAAAACACAUUUUCAAUAAACACGGAGAAAAGGUCGACGAAGUACGCAAGGAGGUAGAGUACUUCAAUAAUUAUUUGAAAGAUCCCAAACGACCGCAGCUACCCGAACAUCCGGGUAAUACAAAAAAAGCGCCUAUUGAAGCGCCUCCACCGAGUGCGGGAUAUCGUCCGUCGUAUGGAAUGCCUCACGCGUAUGCAUCGAUGUAUGCUCCUUACGCACCACCUAUGAUGGCACCAUCUGCUGGUCGUGGUAGACCAGGAUUCGGUCGAGGAGGAAGAGAAUCCAUGCGAGAAAUUCGUCGGCCAAUAGUGGCGUACAGCGAUUUGGACAUGCCCACUUUCGAUGAUAGCUUUCUUUAAACUUGCGAUUUCCCGCUAAUUUGAGGAUAUAAGAUAUUCUUCUACAAUUGAUUUCAAUUUUGUAGUUAAAUAUAUCGACAAACUAAGAAAUAUACGAAACUAGAGAAAAGCUAUCAGAACUAGAUUAUCAUAACAAUUUGGUCGACAACACCACCAACGUUGAUCGUCAUUACACCAUUCCAUUGCAAUCGUUCCAGAAUGGCGCCCGAUUAUCGUCCAGUAAUUCACUAUCGCGAUUUGGAUGCCCCCCGUGAACCAGAUGAUUUUAUUUAGCCUGACACACGAAAUACGUUCUCAAAUUAAUUAAUGCAUCAUCAUACUGUAGAAUUAGGAUUCACGUUCCGGUCUCGCUGAGACGAUAUUUAAUUGUUCAGUUUAGCCUAAUUGUUUUUACUUGAUAUUGGUUCAUAUUUUCUUCCAUUAUAAUUUCUAUCAAAGCGAUCACUCAUUCAAAUGUGUAAUGACAAAAGCAGCAUGCCGAUCGGCAACGGUUUAUCUAAAGUAAUAUAACUUCUAAAAUAA